UGAGAUGCCAUAUUUUAAUCCGGAGAACGUCAUAUUUAUAACAAAUAAGUGGGAUUCACUAAAUACCAAUAAUACUGACGAAGACAGCAGCGAUGAUGAUGAAGAAACUAAAGUUUGGGAAAACAUAAAAUCAAACGUCAAACAGAGAUGGCCGUCUGUGAGAGAGGAAAACAUAUUUAAAAUGAACCUGAAAGAUGUUUCUCCUCAAAAUGAUAAUUCGUCAACAAAACAAUUCAAAAAAUUCCGAACACUUUUAGAGUCAAGUGUCAAAAAGGCCGAAAACAUCCGAGUUGAUCAACAUAUAAGGUUUCUGCAGGAAAUACUGAUGAACGUAUCCAAGGGAAUUAAUGCAAGACUUGAAUUGGGGAAAAAAUCCGAAAAAGAGCAAAUGGAGUUAACAAAAGAGCAUAUAAAGAAAAUUAAUUUCUUGACCGACGAAUGCAGAAAAGUCAGAGACACUUUACAAAAAAGAAUAAAAAAGGACAUAGAAGGUAUCGCACAAGGAGUAUAUGAUUACAUGUCAACAGAUCUAGGUAAAGACAGAAUCUUAAAUCCACCAGGCCAACCUCCGAUAAUGGAAGUAGAGUGGCACCCACAAUUAUUUGUCAUGGAUAUAAACGAAAGGAUUAAUCUGCAUGUUGUAAAUGUUUUGAAAUCUAGUGACAUUGCGCAGAUGUUCGAAACAGUAAAAAAAGAACUUGCUUCGUUUUACGAAAAAGUUUCAGCUGCUCUUUCUGAUAUGGAAAAUGAUUGGAUAGAAGUUGGAAUAGACGACACACUGAAUUAUCAGCAGAUACUGAAGUUGGUGGUACAAACAAUUCAAAAGCAUCCGUCGUUGGAGUUGUCCUCGCAACUUCUCCUCUUUGGUUACCAUUAUUGGCAGCCGGUAUCGGUAUAGUUGUCGCAUUUGUAGGGCUUUCCAUUGCUUUAAGUCCAGUGGCUAUCCCACUUAUGAAGUUCCUUGGAAGAGAUGCUAGAAAAAGAAAAAUAAUAGAUGAAGAAUUUAACAACCGUCGUAAUUCCGUGAGAAGCCUUAUCUGCAAUGAGCUUGAGGUAAACUGUGCUGGCGUCAUGAAUAAGUUGAUAGAUAAAGUUACGAAAGACCUGCUGCCUAAGCGGAUACAAGCCUUACAGAAGUUGAUACAACAGCUCUCAGAGUCUCGAGCAGAAAUUCUGGAAAAUCAGGAAUUGCUUGAAUAUCUUUCAAAGAAGCAAAAAGAUAUAGAGGAGUCUUUAACGGAAUUGAAAAUAUGUUUGACUAUGCAAAAAGGAAUAUCAUAAAUAUUGCAAACUUUAUUUCUAAUCUGUAUGCUGCACUUUCUUUUCUUUUAAAAACGGUAUAUAUGGAUACGUAUGUAUGUCUUUUUAUCAAAUCUUUAUCAUAAUUGUUGUUCGUUAACUCUUAAACUUUUGACAAUGAUCAAAUUUUACUGGAAAUCUAGUUUGUCACACAAAAACAUUGUUUCUAGAUAUCUAAAAAAUCAAAUUAGUUAUUCUACAAAAAAAAAACUGAACGUCAAUAACCACUUCUUAUAUACUUAGUUGCAAAAAUAGGGGAAUACUUCAGAGAAGUUAUCUAAAUACCUAAAAAAAAAAAAAAAAAUUAAAGUAAGUUAAAAACUUGCCAAACUUAUUUAUAAUUUGAAAACCCCAGACUGUGAGGUUCACGUGUCUAAAAAAUGAGUCAUGCAACCACAACACAAAAAAUAUUUAGCUACAAUAUCAAUUAAACGUAACCAUUUGCCUAUCAAUAAUACAAAUCAAGCGUCUAUAGUAUCAUAUUGUAAUUAUCUUGUAUCUUGUCCUGUCCUGCACAAAAAAUAAAUAAAUCAAUAAAAAUUAAAAGUAUAAACACAUUAAACUAAAUUAAACAGAAAAAUAAUCCGCAUUCCACAUUUUGACAACAAUAUGUGGUUUAGUGUCGAUGUAGAAUAUAAAUUUAAGGCGCUAAAGGCUAUGUUGAAACCCCGUUUACCUAGUAAAGGAGCACAAUAUCAAAUAUUCAUUUAACAGUUUCUCUAAGUACAUGUAUACAGAAAAUUAUGUCAAAUAGCUGAUUAAUACAAAUAAGAUGGUUGCCGAUGAUUAUGCUGUAAUUAAUAACUUCCUAUAGUUUUACAAACAAUGUCCAUAACUUUAAAAGCAAUGUUUGUCAAUGCUUUAGCGCAGGCAAAGAUUAUAGCUAAAAUAAAAUAGCUGCUUAUUGUACCGAAAAGUUUUUUACAACAUAUUUGGUCAAGGAAAAACAUUAAAUGUAAGAAAAUUGGAUUAAAAGUAGAAUUUAACAUGUAAAGUAUAUCUUUCAAGACAGUUAAACUUUUAAAAAGUGUCUGAUAUAUUCAUUUCAUUGAAUUUGUUCGAAAUAACUAACUGGCUUUGUGAAUAUUAAAUAAUAAAACAAAUGUAUUCCAAUUUUUGAACUCAAAUAUGAUUUCUUAACCCCCCCCCCCCCCCCCCCUCCAAACAAAAUAUAUAUAAAAAAAAACAUAAACAAAUUCCAACACUUCUCAUCAACACAACAUCAGUACGUUUUAUUAAAGAUUGAUAAAACGUAAAUUCCAAACACAAUACACACAAUUUAAAUUAGAAAAAGGAUUUAAGUUUGGAAGCAAACACUUAUAA